CUUGUGUGCACUCUUUGGAACAUCCAAGAGCAGCUCUCCACCUCAAAUCCCCAGCCUCACACACUAGCCCAGGAUGCCCUUUGGAGGAGGAAACCCGUGUGGCUGUUGCCACAAGACUGUGUACUUUGCAGAGGAAGUGCAGUGCGAGGGGAAAAGUUUCCACAAGUCCUGUUUUCUCUGCAUGGCAUGUAAAAAGAACCUGGACAGCACAACAGUGGCCGUCCAUGUGGACGAGAUUUACUGCAAGUCCUGUUACGGUAAGAAAUACGGACCGAAAGGCUACGGUUUUGGCGGUGGAGCUGGAACCCUGAGCAUGGACACAGGAGAAGGUCUUGGAAUCAAACCAGUCGAGCUGGUUUCACACCGUCCCACCAACAACCCCAACUCUUCCAAGUUCGCUCAGAAGUUCGGUGGUUCAGACAUUUGCCCCCGGUGCAGCAAGGCUGUGUAUGCGGCGGAGAAGGUGGUAGGCGGAGGAAAUUCUUGGCAUAAGAGCUGCUUCAGAUGUGCCAAGUGUGGUAAGAGUCUGGAGUCCACUACACUGGCCGACAAAGAUGGCGAGAUCUACUGCAAAGCGUGUUAUGCUAAGAACUUUGGACCAAAAGGCUUCGGUUUCGGCCAGGGCGCUGGAGCUCUGGCUUAUUCUGAGUAAACUGGUGUCAGACUCCCAAAACUGAUCUGAGGAUCAACUCACUCAAAUGCAUCUUUUCAAUAAAGCACAUGUGAUUCAAUUAUA